UUCGGCAGAUCCUGGUAGACACGCUCUGAGGAGACUGCUGGACCGCAUCAGGAGCCAGAGAGACCGCCAGCGGGCCGCAACACUGACGUCACACGAGGGAGACGCUGAUGUGGAAGUCUUGAGUGUUGAAACGGGAUCUUUGAGCAGCCAGGAAAAAGCACCAGAGGGCAGUUUAGAAGAACAGACGCCCAGCCUAGCGCACACUGACGACGGGCCUGACGUGAGCGAUGAAGCCGUCGUGGCAGGAACGCUGCUGCCGCCAGAGGAGCGAGGCCAGCCGGAGCCGGCGUCCGCCGAGAGCCAGAGGAGAGCAGCCCACGAGGCGGCGCUGUUGAGCCGGCAGCAGGAGCAGCUGGCGGUGCUAGAGGAGCUGGAGCAGAAGCGGCGUGAGCUUGAGCAGCGCCUGAUAGAGACGCAGAGGAGCCACACGCUGCAGGAUGAUGAAGCUCAGAGCCGUCCUGGGCUCCCGGAGAGCGCAGCGCCUCCAGAGGUUGACGCAGAUGAGCCACACACGCAGAGACUCCAUCAGUACCAGCAGAGACUCCUGCAGCAGAACAGGCUUCAUCAGAAGAGCGUGGAGGAAGCGCGGCGACGCCUGCAGGAGUAUCAACACACACUGAAGCUACGAGCGUCACUCCAGCAGCCGUCAGUGAGCUCAGAGCCCGUCAGUGACGGCACACGCUCGGCUCUUCCAGGAGGAGAACCGGCUAGUCCGCUUCCAGCACUUCCACAGCAGGCUCUGCUCCGCCCAUCCGAACCCGCCGGCUCGGGCCCCUUGCUGGACGCCCGUGCUCCUCUUCCUUCUCCCGCUGUGGUCCUGGAGCUCCUGCGCAGCCGGCUGCACCCCGCUGAUGUCAUCACUGGUGUCCAGAGCGAGGCGGAGGCGACGAGGAGGCGGCACAUGAGGCAACAGCGAGACGCCCUGCAGGCGCUGAUCACAGCUGACACACAGGCUUCAGUGUCCAGCUCUAGUGGCGCUCAGGCGGAUCACAUGACUCUGAACACGUUGCUGAAGGCCAUUGAAGAGGCUAACGGCCACACCAAACCCCCGACAGCACCCAUCCAGCGGGACGGAGACACGCCGGCCCUCGCUAACGACGGUGUGUGUGAGCCGGCCCCGGUGGCCCGUGUGAGAGUGAAGCCCCCGGUGUCUCGAGCUCCCGCUCGUCUGGGGUUCCUCCGGCAGAUGCAGCAGCACGAGCUCAGCGCCAUACAGGAAGUGGACUCGCCCCUCAACAUCAGCCUGGACACAGAGCUGCAGACGUCUUCUGCUGAUGUGAGCGCGUCCAGCAGUGCGUCUCUGCCCGCGCUCGCCUCUGCCGGCAGCCACAGCCCGAGCGAGAGGUCACAGGUCACGGGCAGGACCAGCCGCAUGUCCUGGAGAGACAUGCUCCUGCAGGACUCCACUGCCUCGCCAGGUCCGUGCCUCAUGAAGCUCCAGCAGGAGCGGUUUAGCGCUGGCUGUCCAUCAUCUGUUGAUCCAGACUAUCUCUCAUCCACUACGAUCUCAACGGGAAGCUACUUCACUAGCGACCAUGAGCCAGAGGAUUCUGGUCUCAGUGUGGAUCCUGAUGUGUGCGUCCCGUCCCCCGCUGACACGAGCCGCUCUGUGCAGCGCAUCAUCGACAGAUACAGCCAAGAGCUCCACGCUUCACUGACACACGCAGGAGUGGCGGACACCAGUCCAGCGGGUCAGUCCUGGUCCAGUGCGCUUCACGAGGGAGACGCUCACAUCUCAGCUCCAGGUGCUUUCCUGCCGCUUCAGCCCCAUCCAGACAUUGACACCUCAUCAUCUUCCUCUUCUUCAUCUAGAAAUGUAGUGAGAGCCGAUCAGAGCCGUCAGGGCUGGAGCGAGGCAGUGACCCGGAUCCUUGAGCGCCUGUCUGAUCAGUUAUCCAUCAGACCCGGUGAACCCCGUCCAUCAUCCUCUGAGAGGGACAGGGCUUCAGACUCCAGCGCUGAGCUCCUUCAGUCUGCCGUGAGCCAGUUGAUCGGCCGAGCGUCAGAUAUGGGUUCGUCUCAGGUGUUUGAUCAGAGCAGCGCCCGCACAGCUGCAGUGGUGAGCAGCUCCGGUCCAGAGCGGCCCGCUGAGGUCGGGUCACUGAUGUCACCUGCCUCACAGCACUCAGACGAGGACAGGAGCACUUCUACUGACGCCCCACAAGACGACGCCUCAGAUCUGUUUCUUCCUCUGCCCUCUGAUGUCACAAACAACGAGAGCGUGGACUGUUCGGCGGCUCUCUGUGUCCCGCUGGAAGCAGAGAAGUGUGGCACGGAUGUAAGCAUGGACGAGGCCUCUGAUUGGCUGAACUCGACAGACCAAUCCCUGCAGCUCCUGCGCGCAGACCCACUGACUCCGCCUCGGGCGGACCUGCAGAUGUCUGUGGAGCAGCUCUCUCUUACCCACGAGUCCCUCUGUGAGACCCAUGACAUGGACGCUAGUCUCGUGCCACGCUCCCCUCUCCAGACCCGUCUACAGGAAGAAAGCCUUGCACCCGCAGCCCAGUUACCCUCGCAGGAAGUGAUGUCAGCUGUGGAGGAAAACACGCUGAGCGAGCUUCUGGAGAGAGCACAGGAGGCGGGUGACGUGAAGGGCAUCAUGGAGGAGUCCACCAUCUCCUUCAUCAGCCUGCCGGAGUCCACCCUACAGGACCUCAGUGAAGACUCCGGGAGUGAGCCACAGGAGGGCACAUCUGACCGCAGUGAGGGCCAAGCGCCGAGCCGUCCGGUGGAGGACGACAGCCAAUCAGAGGAGCCAGAGCCGUCGUUCCCUCAUGCUGUGAUGCUGCUGGAGUUUCAGAGCGCUCCUGCUCAGCGGCAGCGGCGGGACGCUCUGGCUCACAGGUCAGCGCUCCGGGUCGCUCAGAUCAGAGCCAGACGCCUCGAGCGGCGCGUGUCCACCGCAGCGCACGCUGAUGAGGCGAGCACGCCUGAACACGCACUGAAGAGUGUCGCUGAGGUCAGGAUCUGCAGCGCCGCUCAGAGACGCGUGGAGGAGGCAGAGAUGCACCAGCGCACACAGAGAUUGUACAGUCAGUUAGAGGAAGUCAAGCAGCAGAAGGAGUCCCGGAGCCGCCAGGACGCGUACGCCAGGAACCGGGAGAAAGCCAGAGACUUCCAGAGGAAGACGCUGGAGAGACUGAGGGCCAAGCUCAAGCCGUGACGUCUGCGGAGGGCCGCUUCUGCUGUGGUGUUCGUCUCAAGCACAGUUUAAAAUCUCAAGCACUUUUAUUUGUAUGUCUGUAUGUUGUGUAUUUUAAGUAAAAUGUUCUUUGAUUUAA